AUGAAGGUCUCCAUCGCUUCCCUCGCUCUCGCCCUUUCUGGCGCUGUCAUCGCUGUCCCCUUCAACCCCAAUGGCACUUACGUCUUCCCUACCGGCUCUGGUCUCCCCAACCCAUUCGCUUCUUCUAGCACUAGCCUGUCUCUCCCAACUGGAACUCCUGCUAGUACUCCGCUCGGUACCUCGUCUGGUACCCCGGUUUCCGGUGGAUGGCCCGCCUCGCUGAACUUCAAGCGCGCCAACUCGGCCAUUCCUACCGGUCUAUCCUCGCUGGCCUCUGAGGCCGAGUCUGCUCUCGGCGCUCUUGCAUCUCUGGUCCCCCAGAAGCGUGCCGACUCGCCCAUUCCCAGUGGCCUGUCCUCCCUCGCCUCUGAGGCCGAGUCUGCUCUCGGCGCUCUUGCAUCUCUGGUCCCCCAGAAGCGUGCCGACUCGCCCAUUCCCAGUGGCCUGUCCUCCCUCGCCUCUGAGGCCGAGUCUGCUCUCGGCGCUCUUGCAUCUCUGGUCCCCCAGAAGCGUGCCGACUCGCCCAUUCCCAGUGGCCUGUCCUCCCUCGCCUCUGAGGCCGAGUCUGCUCUCGGCGCUCUGGCUUCUUUGAUCCCCCAGAAGCGUGCUUACAGCUUCACCCCACCUGCUCUUCCCUCCUCGACUGUGACCCCUAGUGGUACUCCUUCUGCCACUCCCACUCCCGCCUCUAGCCAGGCCUCCUCCUCCUCCAUUGGCUUCUCGCUCUUUGGCUUUUCUCGUGCCUAA